AUGAUACUGUCAAACUGCGGGGGAGGCGUUGGGCAACGCCUCAAUACAACCGUGAACUUCUACGAUCUACUGCCGUCCGACCGAUCGUACUAUUACUACGAAGGCUCGCUGACGACGCCAAACUGCAGCGAGGUGGUACAGUGGUUCCUAUUGAAGGAGACCAUCUCUAUCCCGAGCGCGUACCUCGCGCAGCUGCGGGAGGUGGAGGAGAACGAGGAAGGGGAUCGCCUGACGUUCAACUACCGCAACACGCAGGAUCUGGCUGGCCGACAAGUCUCGCGGUACCCCGCCAGCGGCGUACCUAAAGCAGGAGAAAUUCAAAUCACCACCGGUGGAGUUAGCGCCGCGUGCAAGGCCGGGCAAGCUCUCAGCGCUGUGAAGGUGAAGGUGGACAGCGGUAACGACCCGGUGAAGGGGCGGGAGUGGUUGGAAACGUUCCUGAAGAUUCUCCGUAGAGAGGACAUCGGCGAGGAGGCGGUAGCUGGAGAAAUAGCAAAGUUCUACGUGAGAUAUGCUGGUAGAGGAAGCGAGGGUUGUGCCUUUUUCAAUUCCAUAGCCUCUGGAGAAGAUCAAGCUGUUCCUGCAGCACAAGUUACUGCUCAAGCUACUCCUCCUCCACAGACCUCUCCACCUUUCUCCUCCACCACUCCCACCACUCCAAGGAGUGGGAAACUAAAUAUUGAUAGAGAUGUGCGCAGAGCUAAAGGCUGUCUGAAGCAUCUGGACAAAGAUGAACUGAAGGACUUGUUCCAGGAGCUGGGACUCUAUCACUCAACUGUACAGAAUAGCUACUCCGGCAGCACGAGAGCUGAAUACUCUGAAAGGUUGAUCCGGGACUGGAUUCGGGGGGAAGAUGGUGUGCUGACAUCAGAGGACUACAGUGGAGGAGCAACGUGGGAGAACCUGAGGAAAGCUCUCAAGGAAUUGAACCACCAUGGCGUAGCUAACGACAGUUAUAAAAAAUACUGCGCAUGCGUAAAAGAUCUUCGACGCGCCCCUAGUUUGUUGCACAGGCGUUGUUCGUUCGCGAUGGCAGACGACGGGCAGCCAAUCGAGAUCACAUCGCUGAAUGAUAACAUCGAUUUCAUAACCAGUUCUGUUAAAAACAGUUUGCAAUCGUUCGCGAACGACCUCGUCCAGAAAAAGUUCAUCGCCUACGAGGCUUCCCGAGAGAUACUUGGAAUGACAGGAGUUGUUCCAUCAAAACAAGUCGGCUUGUUGAUGGAGGAAGUGCAUAAAAUUAUAAAAUAUGGAGACAACAAGAGAGAGUGGUUCGAUAAGUUCGUCGCUAUUUUUUCCCGGGAUGCAGCCAACAGUGAGCUUGUGAAAAAGUUGAAACGCUCCGUCGGCGGCGGCACAGACAGUUCUGCAGAGGCAUCAGAAAAUGAAGCAGUUGGUAUGGUCCAGGCACAGAUCUCUAGACUAUAGCCAAUGCUUAUGCAGGAGAGCCUCUAGUUACUGAGAAUUCGUUAAACAUGCAGACUGCACUGAUACUGUGUACCCUACCCUCCAAUUGAGCCCACACACAUAACUGAUGAGGUAGUCAUAGAAGCAGUCAAAACAACCUAUUAGUCAUGUGGGAGUAAGGGUAUUGUCAGCACUGCAACAUUCCCUUACAAAAACAGACAUGAUGUGCUACACUGACUGGAUGACUCUGGUUGAGAAAGAUGACGGCAGAGCAGAUGAAUUAUGGGUUCUAACAGAUGAAGACCUCUGGCUGGUAGGGAAGACGCUAAAAGUGCGUUUCUUAGACGACAGGAUUCCGGCGUGGCCUAAUGAUGGACGUGGUCAUAUCACUGAAGAAGAGAUCCUCAAGAUAGCCAAUGAGUGGCAUCAAUGUGGGGUUGAGCAAGGCAAAGAUGUUGUGCCAGAGUUUGUGCCAUGUGGUGCAGAUGACACCGCUGACAUCAGAGUGAAGUUUAUUGAUUCUGGAUGCCCACGCUCUAAAGUUGGUACUGCUGCAACUCGGGUCAAAGCAGGAGAUCCCACAAUGUGGCUGGAUCUCAAAUCACCAGAUAAUUGCCCUUCCCUCUACAAGCGCACCAUUCGACAUGAGUUUGGGCAUGCUCUCGAUCUGAAACAUGAGCAUCAGCACCCCGAUGCCCCGCCGCUGACCGACCCUAGAAAGCUCAAAGAGUAUUUAACGCAGCGUUUGCCUCCUGCGGAAAUUGAUGAGAAAAUUCGUGUGCAGUGGGCAGCACUUGCCAGGGGAGCCUCUCAGAAGAGCAAAUACGACAAGGAGAGCGUUAUGCACUAUCUUAUACCGGAAGUAGUAAGAGCCAAUAAAUAUGUAGGACCAACAGAGCUUCCGAUUGAGCUGUCUGAUUGUGACAAAACCAACAUUGUCUUGUUUUACUCAAAAGGUGCUGCAGAUGAAGAGCAGACUCCCAUGGACACGGGUAGUGGCACUGACAGAGAUGAUGGGCCAGGGGGUUCUAUUGUUGACGAUAGUGGAGAAAAUGGAUCAAAAGGAAAUAUCAAACCUGAAGACUUUGCAAGUUUCCCAAGACCAAAGCUGGUUGACCUGAUCAAUAUAGUUGGUGUUAGAGUAAAGGUGAAGUGGAGAAGCAUAGGACUUGGGCUUGGUUUCAAGGAUUGGGAACUAAAUGGGAUUUAUGCCACAAAGUGUAGAGAACUGGACCCUCCUCAAGAGUGUAUGACAGAGGGUUUUAGCCAGUGGAAGUCUGGUUUGAAAAGUGAAUACUCGUGGAAGAAACUGGCAGAAGUUCUUGUGCUGCCAGCAGUUAAUGAAAUUGAACUUUCUGGGUCAUAUGUACCAAAACUUACUAAUAAAAAGUAGAACUCUUAUAUGUAUUAUACUUGGGACAUAAUGCAGAGACGGUUGUAUUUGAGUGAGCUAUCAUGUCCAAAAUUGUUAUUGUAGCCAGACCCUUCAU